AUGCAUGCGGGAUUUUGGAAUAUAAAGUUCGUUAAUGAGGCGCCGACGGAGCCAGAAUCGAACCGGUGGCCGACAGGUGGUGGACACGCGCCGCUGCCCUCCGCGCCCUCGCCUCCGUGCGCUACCGAACCCCACAAUUGGGCUCUAUGGUUAAUUUUGUACGACGCCACGUAUAAGCUGGUUAUAACGUACAAACGCAUGCAGUGCCCGCAA